AUGGUAUUCUUCCUGGCUUGGAUCACGGUGCUUCUGCUGACCUGCCGAGUGCAGGCAGCAUCUGUCUUUGCUCACUUUAUGGUGACCAACUCGGCAAAUUAUACAUCCAAUGACUGGUCGAACGAGAUGAAACUGGCGCAGGAUGCGCAUAUUGAUGCAUUUGCACUGAAUAUGGCCUACAAUGACCCGACAAACGUGAAGGCUCUCCCUGCCGCGUUUGCAGCGGCAGACAGUGUUGGGUUUCAACUAUUUUUCUCAUUUGAUUAUGCUGGAAACGGCAACUGGCCAAAAAGCGAUGUUAUCAACCUGAUCAACCAGUAUAGCCAACACUCGUCAUACUUCUUCUACAGAGGAAAAGCGUUUGUGUCAACAUUUGAAGGCCCUGGUCGUGCCGAUGAUUGGCCUUCAAUUAAGUCCCAGACCGGCUGCUUUUUCAUCCCGAGCUGGUCUUCCCUGGGCGCUAAACCUGCCGUUGAAACUGGAGUCGUCGAUGGUCUUUUCAGCUGGGCAGGAUGGCCAUGGGGUCCCCAAGACAUGGACACUUACAUUGAUGCUUCCUACGUUCAAUAUUUGGCGGGUAAACCAUAUAUGAUGCCCGUUUCUCCGUGGUUCUAUACCAAUCUGCCUGGAUACAAGAAGAACUGGAUGUGGCGAGGAGAUCACUUGUGGCACGAUCGCUGGCAGGAGGUAAUCUUCGUCCAGCCUGAAUUUGUGCAGAUUAUCUCAUGGAAUGACUAUGGUGAGUCUCACUACAUUGGCCCUCUUUAUGACAAAUCUAUGGAGGCCUUUGAAAUUGGAAAGGCACCAUUCAACUAUGUGACCGAUAUGCCCCACGAUGGUUGGCGCUUACAGCUCCCCUUCUGGAUCGAUAUGUACAAGCAGGGAACUGCUACAGUCACCGAAGAGAGCAUCGUCGCCUGGUAUCGAUUAAGCCCUGCAGCAGCCUGUGGCAGCGGAGGCACUAGUGGAAACACAGCCCAACAGCUACAGAUUGAAUACCCACCUGCUGAAAUGGCCCAAGAUCACGUUUUCUUCUCCGCCGUGCUUGGUUCAUUCUCUGGAGUGGUUGUUUACAUUGGUGGGGUAGGUCAAACUGCCGCGUGGACAACAGUUCCGGAUGACAAUGUCGGCGUCUACCAUGGCAGUCAGGCCUUUAAUGGCCGCACUGGAGCUGUGACUGUGUCUUUGAUGCGUGUGAACAAGAUUAUCACCACUAUCGAGGGUGAGCCCAUCUCUGCUGGCUGUCCCCAUGGAAUCCAGAACUGGAAUGCCUGGGUCGGCAGUGCAACAGGCGAUACGAUAUCAGCUAAACCCAAGCUAUCCCUGUACGACCAGAGCUGCAUGAACGGCACUGGCGCUAACAACUUUGCUGGUCUGUGUCAGUUCGCAUGCACAUACGGCUACUGUCCACUUGGGGCGUGUACGUGCACGAAGAUGGGCCUAGGUUAUGAGAAACCCAACUCGACCGGGGUGAACGGCUACCCCAUUGCAGGCGAGGGAGCUAGCUAUAGUGGACUAUGUUCGUUCGACUGCAAUCUCGGUUAUUGCCCACCCUCGACCUGUGGCACCGUGGAGGUGCCUUUGGUUAUACCAACCGUCUCGCCAUUUCUUCCUCCAGCCUGCACCUCAGGAACUGGCGAGGGGAACCUAGCUGGUCUCUGUGACUUUAGCUGUACACAUGGAUUCUGUCCAAUGAAUGCGUGCACCUGCACUGGCCAGGGUGCAGUGAAUGUCAUGGCUCCUACAACCGAUAAGACUGGCACAGCUGCUCCAGGGCUAGAUGCCACCGUAUAUGGGCCCAUGUGUGAAUACACUUGUCAACGUGGAUACUGCCCUGAAGGUGCCUGUGUGGAACAAGACUCUAGUGAUUCAGGGUCAGGGUCAGGGUCAGGGUCAGGGUCUGGAUCUGGAUCUGGAGAUGUAUAUAUCGCACCUUCCAUCUGGGAUGAGCCUUCACCGGUAAUCCAAUGCCAACCUCCAUGCUCCCUGAUUUUGCCUCCGCUGCCUCUUGAUUCUCCAUCCACCAUCUCCGUCCCGCCAUGGACUACCCCAGUCACUCAGAGCUACCUGACUACCAGAACGUCAACUGACGAAAAUGGACUUACAGCCACUUAUCAUGGCUAUAACGUGACAACAGUGUUUGCAAUUAUCUCUUUCCCAACAUCUGUGCUGACCGAGGUUCCCGUGUGGGGAUUAUCGAUCAAUGCGAGCCAGACUGACCCUUUUAACGUAGAGAUGACAAGAAGCCUUACCUUGCCCCAUAUGGUAUACGUGCUACCUCCAUUUGGAACAGCUCCCACUCAAACAAGGAGCACCACCACCCUAACCCCACCUCCAUACCCCUGGACGCAGACAGCCGAGGACAGCCAAGUCAACAGGGGCUCGACCAAAACCACUUGGUCCUCCGGUCCUCCAACACCCUCAGUCAGCAAAGGUAGUAAGGGUAGCGGUCAUAGCUGCUUUCCGUUCUGCUUCUGGCCAUGUCCACUCUGCCCCCCUGGUUUUGGUAUAUCUGGCGGUGGUGGCAGCGGCGGUAGUGGUAGUGGCAGUGGCUCUGAGGGUGAAAAUGAGGAAGAAUGUAGAACUCGAACAGCACAAGUGUGUUCUACAGUCUGUGUUGAAGGCUCUGGGUGUGACUUCGAUUGCUCCACCACGACUGGGUGCUCUGCAACCGCAUCAUCGACUAAAAUUAUUGGCACACCAGCGCCUGCUAUUUCGAUCAGCAUGGAAACCUGGACACCGCAGACCGUUGACCGGGAGGAGGCCAUAAGCCUCGCCAUAUCUCUGGAGUCGGUGCUUUCUUCCAUGUUCGGAACUUUGACCGUUCUCAAGGGGCCGGGAACGACAACCACUGCAACCGGGCCCGCCCCCACGACCGGUGCCGGUGCCGCGCGCCUCCAGCUCUUCUGGUACACUGAAGGCUCAGACGAUGACGGUGAAUGGGAUUUCUAUAUAUACUAUGGUGACGGGAUGGGAGACCAUGGUGGAUGUCCUUCAAUAGUAACUCCCGACUUUGUGAAGAAAGAUGGGUCCUGGAGGGGCAUUCACGAUGGGGAUAGUGGUUUCAACCUCUUUGGGACAUCGUGUAAAUACGAAGGAUUGGAUUUGCCUACGGGCAUCAAGGGCAAGGAGGUUGAGAACAUGCGAAUAUUGGACAAAGACUUACCAUGUCAUGAGAUGUGA